CUCCGGUUUUGGACGCCCUCUCUCACUGGGGGCCACUUCAGGGUCGGCCGUCACGUGCCCUUCACUGGAGCUGGUGGCUCUGCUGCAGUCUCAGUGGCGCAGUGACCUGCCCUGAUGGUGGGAGUCUUUAGAAAGAACUCAGACAAACCCAAGAAACCUGGAAAUGGACUCAGUAGUCUUUGAGGAUGUGGCUGUGAACUUCACCCUGGAAGAGUGGGCUUUACUGGCUCCUUCGGAGAAGAAACUCUACAGAUAUGUGAUGCAGGAAACCUUCAGGAAUCUGGCCUCAAUAGGGAAAACAUGGGAAGAUCAUGAUAUUGAAGAUCAGCACAAAAACCAAGGGAGUAAACUAAGAAGCCACAUGGUUGAGGCAUUCUGUGCAAAUAAAGAGAGUAGUCCAUGUGGAAGAAACUUGAGUCUUAUUCCAAGUCUAAGUCUGAAGAAGAAAGCUACUGGAGUGAAACCACAUGAAUGCAGUGCAUGUGGAGAAGUAUUCAUGCAUCAUUCAUCCCUUAAUAGACACAUGAGAUGUCACACGGAACCUAAACCAUAUGAGUAUCAGAAAUAUGGAGAGAAGCCAUAUAAAUGUAAGAUAUGUGGGAAAGCAUUCCGCUAUCUCCAGUGUUUUAAAAAACAUGAAAGAAACCACAACGGAGAGAAAAUUUAUAAAUGUGAGGAAUGUGAGAAAGUCUUCAUUUGUUUCAGUUCCCUUCACGUGCAUGGAAGAAGUCACACUGAAGAGAAACACCAUCAGUGUAAACAAUUUGGAAGAGUGUAUAGGUAUCAAAGACAUGACAGAACUGGCACAGUAGAGAAAUUUUAUGAAUGUAAGCAAUGCGGUAGGGCCUAUAUUUCCCUUCGAGGUUUAAAAAUACAUGAAAGAAAUCACACUGGAGAAAAACCCUAUCAAUGUAACUUAUGUGGUAAAACUUUCAGUUCUCAUCUGGGUUUCAAAAUACAUGAGAGAAAUCACAGUGGAGAGAAACCGUAUGAAUGUAAAAAAUGUACCAAAGCAUUCAGUUGCCCCAGUUCUCUUCGAAGACAUGAAAGAAUUCAUACUGGGGAGAAACCCUAUCAGUGUAAGGCAUGCGGCAAAGUCUACAGAUAUCAUAGUUCCUUACAAACACAUGAAAGGACCCACACAGGAGAGAAACCCUAUGAAUGUAAGGCAUGUGGGAAAGCCUUUACUUCUCUUUCAAGCUUCCGAGCACACACAAUCACUCACACUGGAGAAGGACCUUAUAAAUGUAAGGAGUGUGAGAAAACAUUCCUUUCUCCCAGUUCAUUUCAAAUACAUGAAAGGAGUCAUACUGGAGAGAAACCCUAUGAAUGUAAACAGUGUGGUAAAGCUUUCAGUUAUUUCUAUUCCUUACAAUCACACAGAAGAACUCACACUGGAGAAAAACCUUAUAAAUGUAAAAUAUGUGGCAAAGGCUUCAGUUGUUCCAGUUAUGUUCAAGUACAUGAGAGAAUUCAUACUGGAGAGAAACCCUUUGAAUGUAAUGAAUGUGGGAAAGCCUUCAUUUGUCACACAAAUUUUCAGAGACAUGUGAGACUGCAUACUGGAGAGAAACCAUAUAGAUGUGAAGAAUGUGGGAAAGCCUUUAGUUGUCCCAGUUCCUUCCGAAAGCAUAAAAGGAGCCACUGGAUAAAUAAUCUUGAAGGUAAACAGCAUCAGAAAAGACUUGAGCUGGCCCCAUCCUUACAUGUUAAAACUUUCAUGGAAAAGAAAUAAAAGCAUAGGUAACAUUGGAAAGCUUGAUGGAAAUUAAAGUUAGAGAAAACUUUCGAUGUGAAAGAAUUAUGAAAGUUUAAAUAUAUUUUGUUUGCUAAGCCUUU